AUGCACUGCACUCAAAGCUCCCUACACAAAUCAAAACUGGUAUCGCUUGAUCUCAUUGUCCAACAACUAGUGGACUGUUCCAGAAAUGACACCAACCAAGGUUGCGAAACUGGUAAUGUGCUCGAUGCCUUCGAUUACAUACAGACAAACGGUAUCACCAGUGAAACAAGUUACCAAUACAUAGGAAAUAAUGAAACAUGUGACAUUGAGAAGAAAAAUAACAUUGCUGCCUGUAUUACGGGCUACUAA